AAAAAGAGCGGACAGCGCUUCCCACACAGCAGCACAGAUCGCUCCUUCCAGUGUCCCAGCCAGUCCUCCGGAAUGCAGUCCUUGCUUGCAGGAAUCCCCGCGGGCGGUGCCGCGGCGGCGGCAGCCGUCGGUGGGCUGGUCGCGGCCGCCGCGCUUGCCGAGAGGGCCGACCAGAAGAACCGCCUCAACUUGCCCCCAGCUGUUCCUGGUUUACCUAUCAUUGGGAACCUUCAUCAGCUGAAAGAAAAAAAGCCUCAUCAGACAUUUGCAAGAUGGUCUGAAGAAUAUGGGCCAAUAUACAGUAUAAGAACUGGUGCUUCUUCUGUGGUGGUUGUCAAUUCUGCAGAAGUUGCCAAAGAGGCUAUGGUUGCAAAAUAUUCAUCCAUAAAUACUCGGAAGCUACCUAAGGCACUUUCAGUGCUCACACGAGACAAAAAGAUCGUUGCUAUGAGCGACCAGGGUGAGCUUUACAAAAUGGUGAAGCGCUAUAUUAUGGUGAGCAUGUUGGGUGCUGCUGCCCAGAAACAGUUUCGUGACACAAGGAACACGAUGAUUGACAACAUGUUGAGCACUUUUCACGCAUUGGUGGCCGAUGACCCAAAGGCUCCUCUCAACUUCCGGGAUGUAUUCCAGAAUGAGCUAUUCGGCCUAUCCAUGACUCAGGCUUUAAGCGAGGACGUAAGUUCCGUCUAUGUAGAAGAGUUUGGGAAGGCUUUAUCGAGGGAGGAAAUCUACCAGACUGCUGUGGCUGACAUGAUGAUGUGUGCAAUCGAGGUCGACUGGAGGGAUUUCUUCCCAUACCUGGGCUGGAUCCCAAACAGGAGCUUUGAAACAAGAGUAUUGACUACGGAAGCCAGGAGAACUGCACUUAUGCAAGCCCUGAUCAAUCAGCAAAAGGAAAGGAUCGCACGUGGAGAGAGUAGGAUGUCGUACGUGGACUUCCUGCUGGCUGAGAAUACACUGACGGAUGAACAAUUGCUAAUGCUGGUGUGGGAAGCAGUCAUAGAAGCUGCUGAUACUACCUUGGUCACCACCGAGUGGGCCAUGUAUGAGAUUGCGAAGCACCCAGAAAAACAGGAAUACCUUUAUCAAGAAAUCCGAAAAGUCUGCGGCAACAAGACAGUCACCGAGGAUCACCUGCCAGAGUUACCGUACUUGAACGCGGUGUUCCAUGAGACCCUAAGGCGGCACUCUCCAGUUCCGCUGGUGCCUCCAAGACUUGUCCAUGAGAGUACCAACUUGGCUGGCUACGAAGUUCCAGCCGGGACACAGAUGAUCAUAAAUCUGUACGGAUGCAACAUGAACAAGAGCGACUGGGACGCGCCCGAGGAAUGGAGGCCAGAGAGGUUUCUGGACGGGAGCUUCGAAGUCGCAGAUAUGUACAAGACCAUGGCAUUCGGCGGAGGAAGGAGGGCCUGUGCGGGAAGCAUCCAGGCAGUGAACAUCGCGUGCACAGCCAUCGCGAGGUUCGUGCAAGAGUUUGCGUGGACGCUCAAGGAAGGCGACGAGGACAAGGACGACACCAUCCAGCUUACAACCAACAGGCUUUACCCGUUGCAUGUGUACCUCACACCUAGAGGAAGGAAAUGAGCAUCACAUUUAUUUGGUCUCUGGUCUGUGAGCAUAUGAUCGAAUAACAAUUUAUUUUAAAUGAAAGCAGAUCCGGUCGUCUC